UGCGUUGCACUUGUAUGAGCGCCUUGAACGGAAAAGUGUGACAAGGAUCGCUGCUCUUUAAUGAAGUGAAUUAAAGUGAAUAUUAAAACAUUAAGGAAAACUAAAACAAAUCCGCAGCAUACUAAUUUAAUCUACGUAGCGAAUGGGCCAAGUUGAAAGUGCUGGCCAUUAGUAUAGCAUAGUUGGCAACAGCUUAAUGAAAAUUCAAAGAAAACUGUAGCUCUCGUAGCUGUAAACUUUUGUGCGUGAGUGUGUGUGUGUGUGUGCGGAAAGACCUAAUGUAAAAGCAAUCAAAGCUGAACGCAUUAAAGCAAAAAGUGCUCGAAAGCAACACGGCAGGAAGUCAAUAAAAAUAAACACAUAAAACCAACUUGUGGUCUACAGAAUUAUGUCAACAACAACAACAGCAACGGCCACGUCGACGACGGCGCAAGUGCUGCAGGCAGCAACUACAACUACAACUAUGACAGCUGAUACAGCAUCGACAGUGGGCCAAACAAUGGCGCAGACAGUUCAGACCAUAAUUAGCAGCCUAGCCACCCCAACCACAACCCCAACAACAACAACAUCAUCAGGCACAGCUGAAUUAACAACAACAACAACGACUACUACUACCAAAUCACUAACGUCCGGCACCACGGAGAGACUCAGCGUGAAGGAUUUAAGCAGCGCAUUGCAACAUUUUGGCAUUGUUGAUUAUUUGGUUUUCAUUGCCAUGUUGGUGGUCUGCGCCGUAAUUGGUUUCUAUUUCGGUUUCAUUGAGAAAAAGCAGAAAAGCAAAAAUGGUCAAGUGCCCACUGAUGAUAAAGACGCUGCCGGCGCAGCUGGCGUUGAGGAGCGACGUGGCUCCGAAGCAUUGGAUUACUUGGUGGGUGGACGUAAAAUGAAAGUGCUUCCUGUAUCGCUAUCACUGGUAGCUAGCUUUGUUUCGGGCAUUUCGUUGCUGGGCACCUCAACGGAAAUCUAUGUAUAUGGCACUCAAUAUGCUUUUAUACUUAUAACGCUGGCUAUAUCUGGCGCUAUAUCUUGGUAUAUCUUUCUGCCUGUCUUUUGCAAUCUACAGCUGACUUCCACUUAUGAGUACUUUGAACUGCGCUUUAGUAAGUCCGUGCGUUUUGUGGCAUCGACGCUCUUCUCCAUUACCACUUUGAUCUGGCUGCCGAUUGUGAUCUAUGUGCCCGCACUGGCGUUCAAUCAGGUGACUGGCAUAAAUGUGCACAUUAUCACGCCAUUGGUGUGCAUUGUUUGCAUAUUUUACACGACUGUGGGCGGACUGAAGGCUGUCGUCUGGACGGAUGUCAUACAAACCGUAAUUAUGGUGGGCGCCAUAUUCUUUAUUGUGAUUAAGGGCACCAUAGAUGUGGGCGGAUUAGAUGUGGUCAUGCAGCGUAAUCGUGACAGUGGACGGCUUGAGUUUCCAGCUUUGACCUUUGAUCCCAAAGUACGCAUGUCUAUAUUUGGCGUAUUCUUGGGCUACAUGGCGCACUCCUCUUUUCAAUUGGGCUGCAAUCAGAUUAUAACACAGCGCUAUCUAUCACUGCCCAACACAAAGGCCAUGGGCCAGGCAGCCAUUAUAUUUAUAGGCGGUCUGGUGCUGCUGCACAUUAUCUGCUUCUAUAAUGGCUUGCUGCUAUUUGCCAGCUACUACGAUUGCGAUCCAUUGACUACACAGCUGGCUAAGGCAAAGGAUCAGCUAGUGCCCAUGCUGGUAAUGGACACGUUGCGUGAUUUUCCAGGCGUGCCUGGAAUGUUUGUUGCGGGUGUUUUUAGCGCUGCGCUUAGCUCGCUUUCAACAGGGCUCAAUUCCAUGGCCGCUGUUAUACUGGAGGACUACAUCAAGCCGUUAAGCAGCAAGCCCUUGUCUAACAAACAAACCGCACUCAUCAUGCGUCUUUGUACUGUCAUAAUUGGCGUUAUCAGCGUUGCAUUAGUCUUUGUGGUGGAGCGCAUGGGCACACAUGUUAUGCACAUGUGCAUAACGCUCUUAUCCUUGUGUCAAGGACCCUUGCUAACUCUAUUUAUAGCGGGCUUGCUUUGCCCGCGCAUUAAUAGCAAAAGCGCACUUUUGGGCGCCGCAUGCUCUGCGGUUUUUAUAUGCUGGCUGUGUCUGAAUGCGCAGCUCAGCGGCGAGUUGUACUACGAGCCCAAGCCCGUCAGCACUGCGGGCUGUGAUUAUGAUUUCGAGCCACUGCCCACAUCAACGCCCGCGAACUCCACUGUCCAUGCUGCUGCAGAGGCCUCGUUUAGCUUUCUGCAGCAAAUAUUUCAUAUAUCCUUUAUGUACUAUACGCUCUUUGCCACCAUUGUGGGCGUUGUCUGUAGCUGGCUAGCGAGCUACUUGUUUGGACGCGUUGAGCUGGCGGAUGUGAAUACGGAGCUGCUAGCGCCCUGCAUGCGACGUUUUUAUAGCAAUCGCUAUGCCAGCGUGCAGCUGGAUGAGAGCAUGUUCAAGUCCGAAGAGGCACAAAAAUCUUAAAUAUGUAGGAACUACCUCAAUAUUGUACUUGCAAAUAAAAGCUGUGAUUAAGCAUACGCCAUGUGUUUCAAUUGAAUGUUGGUAAUGUGUAUUACAGUUGAACUAUGUGUGUAUUAUAUUCAUAGGUCAAACGCAGUGUUUCAAUAGAACUUUCCUAAUGUGUAUUAUAUGUGUACAACGUUACGUAUACGUCAUGCAUUU